AUGAAUGGUUUAAUAGUAAAUGAACUUCAAAAGAGGAAUCUUGGUGCCCGACAGAACUGGCACUUAACUAAUCUAAAGACUGCCCUGAGAGAUGACGACAAUUUAACGGAUUGUAAAGUUUUACUGGACCAAAGAUACCUUAAUUUAAAACGAAUGGAAAUUUUGGAGUCGCUGGUAAAUAUUUUACCUUUGAUUAAUCAGUACUCUAUCAUGCAGGUGCGAAUGAAAAAAGCCGUCUCUGUGAACGCAACUUUAUGGUGUUUUUUAGUGGAUAAAACAUGCUUUGCAGAUACUAGAAUAUGUCAAGAGGUAAUAAAUGUGAAUGAAUUACAAAUAACACUUAUUCUAUUUUACACGUUCUCUCAAUUAAAUGAAGUACAACCACAAACGCAGCGCAGAUAUAGAAAAAGGUCAGCUUUAGGGAAUCGCAUAAACAUAAGUACUCCACCAUUUCACUGCGAAGAGCCUAUUUUUUACGCCCUUUGUCAUGUAAAAACGAGUUUUGACAGAAUGAAUGAAUUCUCCAAAUAA